GAAAUUUUGAACUGCAAACAUCAACUGAAGCUAUAAAAAAUGAAUUUUUUUGUCAUCGUGACUAUUUUAGUCACAAUUAGCAUUCAAUUCACUAAUUGCGUUCCUAUGGGAGAUAUUGAUGACGAAAGAGAUGUUAAUUUUUUAAUAAACAAAAUUAAAGAAUCAAUAACAAAAGAUUCUCAGCUCGUAAGUCCAAGUCCUCGUCAUGAAGAAAACAGUCCAAGUGAAAAAGUGGCAAAAAAUAGCGACGAAGAAAAUGUUGUAAGAUUUGACAGUAAAGGCGAAUCUAUUGAAUCAGAAAAAGUAAAAGUUCAAAGUGCUGGUGGUUGUAAAGACAAAACUGAACCUUUAUUGAAGGAACAUGAAGAAACACCCACAAAGCAUAUUGAAGCAGUUAAUGAAACCAAAAAUAUUACCAACAACGAAAAUCUUCAUGACAAGUCAUCCUCUGUAGAUGAUCAUGCAAUUCGAUAUGAUCGACAUGGAAAUACGUUCGAAGAUUAUAAAGAUUCUGAUGAGCAUAAUAACAAAGAAUCAUCAGAAGAAAAGCCCAAAAGAAAGAAGAAAACUAAACCAAAAACUGUUGUAAAUGACGAUGAUGAUACUAUAAAUCUUAACAGCAUACUGAAUGACGAAUUUAUCAACAAACAACUUGAAAAUAAGAAACAACAACACGAUGACGAUGAUUCUGAUGAUAUGGAUGAUGAAGAUGAUGAUAUUCCAUUAAUCACAAUUCCUAUGUAUGAUAUCCUACGACAAUUUCAAAGAAUGCAACAAGGAUUUGUAAGCGAAACUGAAGAAUAUAGUGACGAAACUACACAAGAUGUAUUCGCUGAUCCACAUUUGAAAAAUAUUUUAAGGGAAAUAUCAGCUGAAAGAAAGGCUUUGAAAAAUGAAAAAGUCGAUGGCAAGAAAGUUAAACCAGCUGCAAAAAGAGUAUUUGAACGUCACUUUGGUCCAUCAGAUGAAAGUCUUUAAAUUGUCAAUCAUUUUUUGGAUAUUAUACCUCAGAUAAUCUUUUAAUAAAAUAAUGACGCAUGAAGGUUCAAAAAUCUUCCACUCUGUCAAUGCGUCUGAGAGUUUCUCAAGUAAAUGGCUU